UUCAGUGUACUAUAAGGAUAAUUGAUGUAAUAAAUUAAACAAAGCAAGCAAGUCAAUCAGGAAAUGAAAAUUCAAUUUAUAAAAUAUUCCAUCAUUUACGCAAGUGUAAGAAACUGGUUGGCAAGCAAUGACAUAUGGGCUAAUAGGUGAUUAUUGGCUUUUCAAGGGUUUAAAGAAGAAAACUCAUCAAAGGCACCUUCCUAUUGUUGAAACUAAUUUGCCCUCUUGGGUGAGAGAGAAAUAAUAGUAGGUGGGAAUGAGAUUCUAAUAUUGAUUCAUAGAAAAGAAAAAAGAAAAUAAGGUUUGGUAAAGUAAAGUAAGGAAAAACGUUUCCAAUUUGAUCCCCUUUUUAGGAAUUUUGAUCAAGGUCCAUUUGUCCUCUUUGAGUUUGUGGAUUCCAUUCUAUUUUACCGCUUUUAAUAAUAUUACUACUUCACUUUUCCUUAACUUUCAUUUCAUCCUUUGUUUUCUAUCAUAAAAACCUCAACAUAAAGCACAAACAAACAAUUUCUUUCAUUCUCCCUCUUCCAUCAUCAUCUUUUUCUAAUUGGUAUUGCACUGCUUGAGUACAAGUCAAGUCUAUUUCAUACUCUGCAAAGACUAUCACCAUUCUGGGUACCCCCACUAAUAUCUCCCAGUUACAAUAUUUUCAGUGUCUCCAGUUCAAACUGAAAUUUUUCCUAUCCUAGUGAUAUUCAUGGAUCUGACUUUCCAGUAACCUAUAUUGAGAUUCUUAGUGAAAGAACCAUAUCAUCAUAUAUACAAUAACUUACACAGCAAAAUGUCAUCUGCAGAAAAACCCAGCUCCAAAGGGCAAGCAUGGUUCUGCACAACUGGGUUGCCAAGUGACAUUGUGGUUGAAGUGGAUGACAUGACCUUUCAUCUUCACAAGUUUCCGUUGAUGUCAAAAAGCCAAAAGCUUCACAACCUUAUAACCCAGCAAGAAGCAGAAGCAGCUACAAACUCCACAGUCCCACAGGAAGAUGAAGACGAAGACGAAAUCGUGGAAGAACAGUGUCACGUGACGUUCACGAGUUUCCCCGGCGGCUCUGAAGCAUUCGAGAUGGCGGCUAAAUUCUGUUACGGCGUUAAAAUGGAACUAUCACCUUCCAAUGUAGCUUCACUCCGUUGCGCAGGCGAGUUUCUCGAAAUGACAGAAGAAUACUCUGAGGAUAAUCUCAUUUCCAAAACGGAGAGGUUUUUCUCUCAGCAUGUUUUCAAUAGCAUUGGUGACUCCAUCAAAACCCUAAAAACCUGCGAGCGAUUGAUGCCUAUGGCGGACGAAUUGGGAAUCACGGAGAGGUGCAUCGAUUCCGUUAUCUCCAGAGCUUCUUCGGCGGAUCCUGCGUUGUUUGGUUGGCCGGUGAGCGACGCCGUUGCUUCCGCAUCUAAACAGAUCCUUUGGAAUGGAAUUGAUUCCGCCGGGAGGAGAACCGCCGCCGGAGAGUCCUGGUUUGAAGAUCUGGCGCUUCUGCGUUUGCCUCUGUUCAAGAGAUUGAUUCUCGCGAUGAGAGACGCGGAGAUUAAUCCUGAAAUUAUCGAGACUUGUGUAAUGUAUUACGCAAAGAAGUACAUUCCCGGUGUUUCGAGAUCGAGUCGGAAACCGUUACCGUCGUCGGUGUCAUCAGAGACAGAACAGAAAGAGAUUCUGGAAACUUUGGUUUCGAAUCUUCCACCGGAGAAGAAUUUGAAUUCUUCUACGGCGACGAGGUUUCUGUUCGGAUUGCUACGAACCGCGAACAUAUUGAACGCUUCGGAAGCAUGUAGAAACGUUUUAGAGAAGAAGAUAGGGUUACAGCUUGAAGAAGCCACACUCGAUGAUCUUCUAGUUCCGAGCUACUCCUAUCUGAACGAAACACUUUACGACGUUGAUUGCGUUGAAAGGAUUUUAGUUUAUUUUCUAAAUAGCUUCGAAGCAAGAAACGCCGUCGCCGACGCAACAGUUGAAGUGAGUGACGCCGCGACGAGUUCACCGGCGAUGAUGCUCGUCGGAAAACUCAUCGACGGAUAUUUAUCCGAAAUAGCUUCGGAUGCGAAUCUUAAGCCAGAGAGAUUCUACAAUUUCGCAAUCUCUCUUCCGGAUCAGGCAAGACUCUUCGACGACGGUCUCUACCGCGCUGUUGAUGUUUAUCUCAAGGCACAUCCAUGGGUUUCGGAAUCGGAGAGGGAGAAAAUUUGCGGAUUACUCGACUGUCAGAAACUAACACUAGAAGCGUGCACACACGCGGCACAGAACGAGAGACUUCCACUGCGCGCGGUGGUUCAAGUGCUUUUCUUCGAGCAACUUCAGCUACGUCACGCCAUUGCAGAGACACUGAUGGCAGCGGAGACGGGUGCGGAAACAGGGCGUAACUCGGCUGCGCUAGAUCGCGAAGAGGAAAAUGGAGGGGGAAAUUUACAGUUAGGGUUAGUUUCAGAGCACGUGCAAGAAGGGAGCAGCACGUGGCGUGUAGCGGUGAGGGAGAAUCAGGUGCUGCGUUUGGAUAUGGAUAGCAUGAGGACGCGGGUGCAUCAGUUGGAACGUGAGUGUUCCUCGAUGAAGAGAGUGAUUGAGAAGAUUGAAAAACCCGCCGCAAACGGCGGUGGAUGGAGGGCGUCGCUCGGACGGAAGCUUGGUUGUAAGUUUAAAACUCAGGUUUGUGAUUCGCAUGAAUCAGCGGUUGUUGAUACGCGCAAGGGACGCCAUCGUAACCCGCAGCAGCAGCAUCCUCAUCAUGAAUAAGCAUUACGCUCAAUUUACCCUUCACGUGAGGAUUGUUGUUGUAGUUGGUGGAGUAAAGUUGAUACGGGUCCCAAUUGUAAUUUUUCAUUUUUUUUUCUUAAUCUUUAUAAAUUUUAAUUCAUAGCCAAUUACCAUUUUACAAGUUGGAUAGUGUUCGACUAGUAAAAGUAAUUACGUUGUUAUUGUUAACCCCUAUGGUAAGUAAGGGAGUGUUUGACUCGUAUGCGGCAAUUAUUGGGAGGACUGGGUUUGAAAUGUUGAGGUGACCCGGGAUAUUGAAGUGACGGUGAUGUGCUGAGAAGCACAAGACAUGAAAUUAUAGAAUAUGGAUGAUAGUGGGUGGCAUGCUGGAGACAGCAAAAUAGGUAAUGGAAGUUCCAGAUACUUUUUCUUUCAAGUUUAUGUGAUUAUUAACCGUACUCAAGCGCACACUCAUUAUUGCUUCUAAUAAAAGAUAAAAGAUAGAAGAGGUGAUUACAUUAAAGUGUUUUUUCUAAACUGAAAGUACUCGUGACCAUCAUCCGCAUAAACAGUUACAAAGGUUUCUACACUUUAUGAGUUUCAUGUUGGAGUCA